CAAGCAGGAGUCAGCCAUCUUCGACGCCGUGUUGGUGUGCACUGGGCACCACACCGAUGCACACCUCCCACUGCACGCCUUCCCUGGUCCCAUCUGUCUCCCUGCUUGGUUCAAACCCCAGACGGGUCCUGCAGAGCCAUGGAGGGCUCCUCUUCAUCUUUUGGAGGUGGCCCUCCAGCCCAGCAGUGGGAAGCACAGCAUUCCUCCUCCUUCUCCACAGGCAUUGAGAAGUUCAAGGGCCGCUACCUCCACAGCCGUGACUACAAGGAACCCCGGGAAUUCAUGGACAAGAGGGUCGUUGUCAUUGGGAUUGGGAAUUCAGGGUCAGACCUGGCCGUGGAGAUCAGCCAGACAGCCAAGCAGGUCUUCCUCAGCACCCGCCGAGGUGCGUGGAUCUUGAACCGCGUUGGACAGCAGGGGUACCCCAUUGACACCAUCUUCACCACUCGCAUGAAGUCAUUCUUGCAGCACCUGAUGACCUCCUCCAUGGCGAGCGACUACGCAGAGAAGCAGCUGAACAUGAGAUUUGACCACGUAAACUAUGGCCUGAAGCCAAAUCACAGGGUCCUCGACCAGCACCCGACCAUUAACGACGACCUGCCCAAUCGCAUCAUUUCAGGCAGGGUGCGGGUAAAGCCGAACAUCAAGCAGUUCACAGAGACAUCUGCCAUCUUUGAGGACGGCACUAGGGAAGACAUCGAUGCUGUGGUCUUUGCCACAGGGUACAGCUUCUCCUUCCCCUUCCUUGAGAGCUACGUAAAGGUGGUGGAGAACCAGGUUUCUCUCUACAAAUAUGUGUUCCCUGCUGACCUGGAGAAGCCGACGCUGGCUUUCAUUGGCUACAUCCAGCCUCUGGGAGCCAUCAUGCCCAUCUCAGAGAUGCAGUGUCGCUGGGCCACCCGAGUCUUCAAGGGGCUGAACAAACUGCCACCGAGGCAUGACAUGGAGGCUGACAUCAAGCACAAGAGAGAGGAGAUGGCCAAGCGGUACGUGGCCAGCCGGCGGCACACCAUCCAGGUGGACUACAUUCCCUACAUGGACGAGCUCGCCUGCCAGCUGGGCGUCAAGCCCAAUCUGCCAGUGCUCUUCCUCACUGACCCGAAGCUGGCCCUGGAGGUGCUGCUGGGGCCCUGCACGCCCUACCAGUACCGCCUGCAGGGCCCAGGUGCAUGGCAGGGGGCUCGGAAGGCCAUCUUGACCCAGCAGCAGCGCAUUGUUCAGCCCCUGCAGACACGGCAUGUGGAGAAGCACACCUCCACCAUGCCGCUCCUCCUCAAGCUGGCUGGGGCCCUGGCAGUCUUUGCUGUCAUCUUUGCCUACCUGUAGGUUGCUGCACUCUGCCUGGUGGGGCUGGUAAUGCAAGGGGAGGCUACACCACCCCAUGGCAGUCAUGCCCCUCAAAUCAAGGGAACUCUCUGCUUGUCGGCACGGCCCCACAUGAGUGCAAAGCACCAGACCCUCUCAGCUGGGGCAGACCCCAAAAACACCCUUCAGCGACACUGGGAUGAAGGAAAAGCCCUUCCCAUGUGUGGGGAAAUGCCCCAUCCUGCUCAGGUAUUGCUGUUGGGCGAGCAGAGAUUUGCUGGACCCUUCUGUCACCUGUAAUCCCAAUGUGCCUCCACUGAUUACACUCACAUGGUUUCUACAUAGCAAAGGUAUAGCAAAGUUUCUAACCAGAUUAAAGUGUUUCCAACAGA